AUGGAUGACGACGAUAAAAUGGAACUCUCCGACGACCCCAUAUCCGACUCGGACGCGCAAAACACUCCCCUGCCCCCACCAACAUUCGAUGAGGACGAUGGCCUGCUGUCCCCCGUCGUCUGGCCGUCACCACAACCGCGACAUGAAGGGCAAACAGAGGAUGAGGAAGAAGACCUCACCCUCCAGUCCCCACUCUACCCAAUUCCGGAAUUUGAAGAGAGGCCAGAUGAUGAGCAUGAAGAUCUCACACUUCAAUCUCCCCUAUACCCAGGUCCAGAAUUCGAAGAGAGGCCAAUUAAUGAGUACGAAGACCUUACCCUCCAAUCUCCACUCUACUCCAACUCAGAGUUCGACCACCCACCAAACGAUCAAGUCGAAGACGAGCAAAUGUCCGUCGCCCCCACAUCACCGGGAUCAGGCGGCCUGUUCGUGCGAGACGAGACAGAAGCACAGAACUUUGAGGCGGCGCUGGCGUGGGAGGACGAUGGUACGCAGCAGUCCGUCGUUGAGUCUGAGCUUGGGCAAGAGGAAAGGCCGAACAGUGAAGAGGGCGAUGCGAUGACAUUUAUAGCAUCUCCUUCUGCUGCGCCUUCGUCGGCUGUACCUACUUCGGCGGGUACAGGGCUGUUUGUCUCUGACGGGAGUGAGACGAGGAAUUUUGCCGGGGCUUUGGAGUGGGAAGAAGAGGGUGAUGAUGACGACGAUGAGGAGAUGACGGAUGAAGGAGAGGGUGAUGUGGAGGUUAGGAGGCGAUAG